AUGACUCAGACUACAGCUGCUAUUCUGUCCUCAGUACCAGCCUGGUACUUUGACAGCGAAGGAAGAUAUAUCGUCUUUCGGGGAGACGGGACAGGCGAGCUAUGGUGUGCUUGCAACUUCAAUUACUGGAUUGCUGCAGACUUUGAAUGGAAGGUUGCCGAUAACAGCGUUUCUGCUGCUGCUGAUGCGCAGGUUGGCGGGUCUCUGGCCGCUGCAUCCGCAGAUGACGUUGAGAACAGCAGCCAGCUGCAUAUCCAGAUGACGCUGACAAAGCGGCUUCCAGAAAGUGCCCAGACGUCGGUGUUGACAAAGAGUACCUUGGUGAACGAGUUCAGCUUGACUGAUGAGGCGUUCCAAACGAAGACAUACACGGUUCGUGUGGAAAAGGGCCGCUUUGUAGAGCCAAGUCGUGCUCGGUAUGCAAAUGAGUCCUCAAACAAUUUCGACAUGCGCUUGGUUUUUAAUCCAUCACCAUACCCGCCGAAAUCUGCAUGGAAGUCGCUAGAGGGGGGUGUGGAAGACGGCCAGUUUUGGAAUCAUACGCACUUUGUUGCUAGCUCGUCUUAA